AUGUUCGGGAAACCAGACAAAAUGGACGUCCGGUGCCACUCGGACACCGAGGCCGCCAGGGUCUCGAAGAACGCGCACAAGGAGAGCCGGGAGAUCAAGGGCGCUGAGGGGAGCCUUCCGGCCGCCUUCCUCAAGGAGCCUCAGGGCGCCUUUUCCGGGUCUGGCGCUUCGGAAGAUUGUAACAAAAGUAAAUCCAAUUCCUCAGCGGACCCAGAUUACUGUCGCCGGAUCCUAGUCCGAGAUGCCAAGGGGUCUAUCCGAGAAAUCAUCCUGCCCAAAGGCUUGGAUCUGGACCGGCCCAAGAGGACUCGCACGUCCUUCACCGCGGAGCAGCUCUACAGGCUGGAGAUGGAGUUCCAGCGUUGCCAAUACGUGGUGGGCCGGGAGAGAACCGAGCUGGCUCGGCAGCUCAAUCUCUCUGAGACCCAGGUGAAGGUCUGGUUCCAGAAUCGGCGGACUAAGCAGAAGAAGGACCAGGGCAAGGACUCGGAGCUGCGCUCGGUGGUGUCGGAGACCGCCGCCACGUGCAGCGUGCUGCGGCUCUUGGAGCAAGGCCGCCUGUUGUCGCCUCCCGGGCUGCCCGCCUUGCUGCCUCCCUGUGCCACUGGUGCUCUAGGCUCGGCGUUGCGCGGGCCCAGCCUCCCGGCCCUGGGUGCAGGCGCUGCCGCGGGCUCCGCCGCUGCCGCCGCCGCUGCCGCCGCCGCCACUGCCCCAGGUCCCGCGGGCGCGGCGUCCCAGCACCAGCCGGCCGUGGGCGGCGCUCCCGGCCCAGGGCCUGCAGGGCCAGGAGGACUGCACGCGGGAGCACCGACUGCCAGCCACGGUCUCUUCAGCCUGCCGGUGCCGUCGCUUCUAGGCUCUGUCGCCAGCCGCCUGUCCUCCGCCCCAUUGACGAUGGCUGGUUCGCUAGCCGGGAAUUUGCAAGAACUCUCAGCCCGUUACCUGAGCUCCUCGGCCUUCGAGCCUUACUCCCGGACCAACAAUAAAGAAGGGGCCGAGAAAAAAGCGCUGGACUGAUUUUAAGUGUUACCCUGUAUUUAUAUUUAUAACAUCUCUUGUGGUGGUAUUUAUGAACUCGCCUGCGUUAGGCGCCCAGUGCUCCUGCGCUGGCCUUCCUGGCCCCCACUAGGCUUCUGAUGCCCCCACCCGCACCCCACCCCACCCCACCCCGCACCCGACCCACUCUGUGCAGGCUGCUGGUUUCAACUCACUUGGGCUGUUUUGCUCUCUCUACUUUUCCUCCCUCCCUCCAACCCGGCUUCUUUCUGAAUCCAGGAAUGAUCCAAAGAAUUGGGGAGAAAUACCCGAAUUAGCCAACCCCCACCCUGCUAGCCAGGGAAGGAACAGACUGAGCCUAAGUCCAGGUCCUGACACCUGUUCUGGAUAGGGGCACUACACAGUGCUCCUAUGAAUAUUCUCAAGAGGAACUGUGUUUGUAGGGCUCCAGGGACAGGAAAAGCUUCUUGGUUUUUAAGACCCAAACAGAAGGGCCUAUGCCCUCUUGUCAGAGAAACCAGGCCUUUGGGAGAAUUCCUGGUCCUGAUUUUUAGACCUCUUAGGAUAAUUGGUGCAUACUCAGCUCCUGUCUAGAACAGAGCUGAUGAGUUUUAUUCCUUUUAGGAAGAUUAUCGCAGGCUCCCUGACCCCCAGAAACGAUCAAGCAAACCGUCCUGUUAGGCAAAGGUGGUUAUAAAUUUGAUCUAACAGCAAUAAAGCAAGAGUAAUUUUACAUAAAACCAGAUGAAGUUUUACCUGUUUUUAAAUAUUCAUAAAUAGUUGAGUUUGCAAGAUGUACGAAAAUCGGGCUAGAGAACGCACUAUGGGACAUGCGAAAUUAAAAUCUCUCGGGUGUUGUGACUUUAGGUAGGAAUUUAAAGAGGAAACGCAAAGAAAAGCCAAUGACAGAAGGUUGAGAAUCUUUUCUGGGACUGUUCUGGGCGGUGGCCCACAGCUUCCUGCUCCUCGCAGGAGAGAGCACGGUGGCUGGUGCCAGUCUCCUGUCACAGGGGCUUCUUUCUAGAGGCUCUCCGAAGCGGAGCUACAGCAGAAUAGCUGGGGUUGGAAGUAAAUCAGCAUGCAUUAUAUUUGCUUCGGCUUCUAAACUCAUCUACAAAGGCUUUUCACCAAGCAGGAAGGGCCGGAAUUUUCGAGCAGUUGUUUUGAGGACAGGUUGGGGUGCCUGGCUUGGCCUUCACCGUUCAUAGUUUCUUGGUGCCAGUGGUUCCUUGUAUGGCAGGCAGGGCAAGCACUUCCUCUCCCUUCUCAACCCUAGGGCGUCAGAUUUCCCAUCCCAAGUUAAAACCCUUACCACCACGCGGGUGCAGCCCCAGCCCUCCCAGCAAGGGCAGCCCCCAGAGCCAUCGCCACUCGCAAUUUAACCAAAACCUCAGGCCCAGAGAGCGAGGUGCCUCAGUAUCUAGAAUGUAUUCACCCAUCUGAAACAAGCUCAAAACAUUUUAAAGAACAAAGUAACUUUAUUGUAAAUUAUUUACAUCCGAAGUUUUUUUUAUCUUUCUUUUUCCCAUUUCUUCUCUCUCUCUCUCUCUCUCUCUCUCUCUCUCUCUCUCUCUCUGCAAAUAGCGAAGAAAAUAACGAACGAUUCAAACGCGGGUAGGUGUCACUGAAUCCUGGCUACUAAUUGUGUUCUGGACGUCUUGGCUCUUUGGAUGUUUUUGUAUUUAUGUGGUGAGAGUGAAAUAUAUAUAUAUCUAUGAUG